GGUUAAUUUAGAAACUGUUUUACCUAUCAUCAAUUAGUUAAAUAUUUACGAGUUUAAAAAUUAACAUAAGUUGACGGUAUACUCAUCACAAACAUUACCAGUAGCAUGCUCAGGUGAACCUCUCCACCAUGAUCAUCAGUAUUGGCUACGUGUUGCUUCUUCUCUUCCGAUCAUGGUCAGAAAAACGUAGAAGGAACAUGUUUGCUCUGGCAAUUAAAAAGGGACUUGGAAGCAAGGGCAAUGUGUUCAUACAAAGACUGGGUACCGGCCAGGCUGAGUCCAGGGCUCAAGAUGUUGUCAGGUCUUCCCUCGUCCGCAGCACGGGACCUCUCACAGAAACCACACUGAUGGAGGGGGCUCGUAACCUCGUCAUCAGUUCGCUUCACCCUAUGCUAAUUAUCAAUCUACAUGAGUGGACCGAGUAUUUGCAUGCCCGGGAUGCAGAGCCGGCAGAUGAAGAUUGCAUAACUGUUCUCAUAGAGGCGUCCAGACCAGGCGAUGCGGGAAAAUUCCUGCAGCAUGAACUGUCUGUUGCCUCAAGCUACAAAGUUCACCUACUCACCCUAGGUACUAUGCAAGCCUGGCACUCGGGCGUGCCAUUCGGCAUGGUGAUGAGGUGCAGCCUCGACUCCCUGGUUACCAUGGCGAUGGCCAUGAAUGACGACACGCUCACAAUGGACGAGGACCUGGAGGUGCACUCGGUCAUGACAAUAGCAACAGAAGGGAAACCUAGCAAUCUGUUCUCCCCAGAAAUCACUGUCACAGAUGUACCAGCCCCUGAUGAACGCGAGAAAAAGACGACAGAGGUACUGCCUGACCAACGACCCAUGAAAGACAAGGUCCUCGCUUCGUUCAUUACAAAACACAAUGACCAAAUCUCUGAAACGUGGUCGAACGAAUCUCUAGCGUCAGCAUCGAGCGUAGGUCGAAUGGACAUGCUCGAUAUGUCAGAACGAGGCUCAGUGGAUGGUGAGUAUGCAGCGUCAUUCGCAGAGAGUGGGGCGGGCGAAAGAUUGUCUGAACUUGAUCCGACAGAGAAUGUCCAAGCAUUCAGUAUAGAAGAUAACUUGAAGUUUAGCUCUGUACCGAAACCUCCAAACGUUUUGGUGUAUACUGGCAAAAUAGAUUCGGUACGGAAAUUUGAAAAAGCGAGGGCUGUUUUACAGCAGUGCUUGUGUCCUGAGCGAUACGUCAUUUACCAUCUUAAACACGAGGACAUCGAAACUGUUCCUUGGAUAGAAAACACCGCCUUGCUAGUUCUGGCAACGAAGAAAAAAUACACCGACUCCGGUUCGGUUUUCAUGGACUUCUUUAGGAGCGGAGGUCGCAUAAUAAGUUUCGGUUGUGGCUUUGAUGCAGACAUUGUGGGACAGACGUUGAUUCAUCCUGAAAGCUGGAUAACGCAGCUGACAUACAGUAUCUGGUCAGACGUGUCCCUGAUAUCGGGGAGCUACACGUAUAAUGUCGAUGAUGUGAAGGUAGAUGGAUGCACCGUGAUGCCGCUGGGAUACGAUAAAGAACAACGGGUUUCCAUCGUUAAAGUCACAGUAGAGAGGAAAGACGUAGUUGGAUGUGCUAUUUUGUCACAGGUGCUAUUAGACAAAGGAGCGGGCGAUUUAGGGGUCACACCCGAAAUCUUCAACACACUCAAGAAAUCUAACCCCGAGCGGUUUGAGAUUAUAAUGGACCUGCUUACCUCCCUUGGUAUGGAGUGCACCACUCAAGAACAUCCAGUGCUCACACCUGCAAAGCUCCUUGCAAAGUCUCCAGAAAUCAAAUCUAGCUUCAUGGAAUCCAUCAAAGACAGACUGUCAUCUGGUAUACUCAAGUUUGGUGGUCAAAGUCUGCAUUUUACAGAUGAAGAAAGAAUACCAGUCCAGGAAAAUUUACUUCCUGUGCAGACAGCAAGUGAGAAACCAGACACAUUUAACAUUGACUGUUACCUUGACAACCUGAGCACUCAGUCCUUAGGCAACAUGGUAUUUUUUGUGGAAGUUGUGCCAACUACCAUGACAAUAUUAGACGGGCUGUUGUUUUCGGUACCAGACAAUGUGGGGUUGCUGGCCAUAGCAAGACAGCAGACAAGUGGAAAAGGUAGGGGAGGUAACUCUUGGCUGAGCCCGGUGGGCUGUGCGAUGUUCUCCCUUCAUGUGCGUGUGCCCCUGGAGUCGCCACUGGGUCGGGCGGUGUCCUUUCUGCAGCACAUCACGGCCCUGGCAGUCGUGAACAGCGUAUGUGGUCUCCCGGGAUACCAGGAUUUUGACUUGCGCCUCAAGUGGCCCAAUGACAUCUACUAUGGGGCACAGAUGAAGCUGGGAGGCAUCAUUGUCAAGUCUACAAUCAUGGAUGGGUUAAUACAUGCUACCAUUGGUUGUGGUUUCAAUGUUGACAACAGUAACCCUACCAUCUGCAUCAAUGACCUGGUGGAUCUUACCAAUCAGGCGCAGGGUCGCGACCUCCCAAGACUCACCACGGAGCAGCUGAUUGGACGAACUGUGAGCCAGAUUGAGGCUCUGAUUGACAGGUUCCAGAGGGAGGGAAUGGAUAGCUUUAGACAGCAGUAUUAUGCAAGGUGGCUGCAUAGUAACAGUGUGGUGCGUCUGCAGACAGACGGAGACCAGGAAGUGACGGUGCGAGGGCUGGACGAGUAUGGCUAUCUCCUGGUGGAGACCUCCUCAGGGGAGACAAUCAGUGUCCAGCCAGACGGAAACUCCUUUGAUAUGAUGAAGAAUUUGAUAACGUUGAAACAUCGAUAAAUAUUAUUGUGAAUUUGAUCGUUUGUUUGUUAGAUGUGCUUGUAGAACACUGAUACAUUUCUAAAUGGUCUUUGUUUGUAUGUUUUUUUGAUCACCUUGAUAACACCAAUACAAUACAGAGGUGUGGGGCAAAGAAGUUGGUUGUUUAUUAUAGUUGUUGUUCUGAUUGUCAGAAUUGUUUAUGAACAGUGUUGUGGAUUUUAAUUUAUGUGCAUUUUAUCCUCUAACCUUUACAAUGUUUAUUAUGAGAUUAUGAUACAGUAAAUUUGACUUGUGAAAUUUGUCAACCAAUCUUUUGAUAAUCUUUGUUGUGUAUUUAUGAAUUAUCCACCAUUUCUUCUAUUUAGUUGCUAUUGUCUCUAUUUAGUUGCUAUAUACAUAUUGUUUUUGCUCUGUUUGUUGGUUUGUUUGUUGGUUUGCUUGCGUCAAACUUUAACAUUUGCCAUAACUUUUGCAAUAUUGAAGAUAGCAACUCCAUACACUUCAACACUGUUAUUUCGAACACUGAUAAUCCGAAGUCACCGUUAUUUCGAAGUAUUUUUCUGGUCCCGAUCUUGACUCUUGUUUGUUUAAUGUAAAAUUUCAUUGUUAAUUCGAACUUAUUUAAACCGAAGAAAUCGUUAAUUCGAAGUGAUUCUGUCGGUCCCAACACUAUAAUUCGCACCUAAUUAUCAAUCUUUAAUCCGAAGUCAAAACUGCAAAAUACUGAGCGUAAUUUCACACCCUUGUCGUGGCGCGUCAAAAGCCGAUAAUUACACCUUUGUCGUCUGCGCGAACGCCGUUGUUCAGAGAGACAUCGCGUAUAAUUAAAAAAAGGGUAAUUCAUUUCUGAAAAUGUAUGCAUAUGUAUGUAUGUCUGAUAAUUUGUGCUAUUCUUUUUAUUUUAUAUGAUCUGGAAUUAGAGAAAAAUAAAAACAAGAAAAAGAAUCGUUUUAUUCCCCCGUUUGUUACGAGUAGAAAUAUAUUGCUAGCUGUCUAGUUUACGUUUUUAAGUAAUCGUGUAACGGAACCAUGCGAAUUCCACAACGUUUUAUUUUUAAGGAAUCAAAGAAGUCUUCUGUCAAAUGUUUAUUUCGAAUUAUCGUUAAUCCGAAGUUUUUUAACAGUCCCGACGACUUCGAAAUAACGGUGUUAAAGUGUAUUUGGCAUGCAUGUUAAUCUUAUGGAGCUGCACAUUUUGAGUGGUAAAAGGUCAUGGUCAUCCUUCAAGGUCAAAGGUCAAAUAUAUGGGAGGGACAUAGUGUUUCACAAACACAUCUUGUUUUAGAUUACAAAAGUAUAUGUGUAUUUCUCUAAUGUUUUUUGCUUUUGCAAUAUUUGGUGCAUUUUUGAAUUCCAUUGAGAGAACUGUUUUUUUUAAGAUCUUUAUUAUCUUACAUAUCACUUCAUCGUCAAGUUUUCUAUUCGUUAUGUUUAAAUUUUUUAUAUUUUGUCUACUUUACUAGUUUUUUGUUUGGUGAAGCUAUAAACAAGAUUGGAACAUAAUCAACAACAUUUAUUGCUGUUAGACAGAGGUGUAAAGUUGAUCUUUUUUAUUGUUUUUGCCUAAUUCGUAUGGUUGGAAUGAUGAUGUUUUGUGUUGUUGUGUACUCAUUUGCUUUUUGAACUGAGAGGCUAUUAUAUACGAUGUGUCAUUGUUGUAAUGGCCCUGUAUUCCAUUAUUGUUAGUUGUUUAUGCUUAGUUUUACUUGAGCAGUUAAUAAUAUUAUGAGCCAAUAGGUAAUUGUUUACAGUUUACAUUCAGUUACGUUCACUCAGUAAGGCUUUCUGUAAAUUAUUGAUGUUUGUUAAUCUUAAAAUAAUAAUGUCAUACUUGUUUCACCGAAAACCUCAAUACAUGACUGUGGGUUUUAUGCCCCGGGUAGGGUGGCAUAUGGCAGUUGAACUGUCCGUCAGUCAGUAUGUCAGCCUGUCCAUCCGUCCGAAAAACUUUAACAUUGGUCAUAACUUUUUCAAUAUUCAAGAUAGCAACUUGAUAUUUGGCAUGCAUGUGCAUCUCAUGAAGCUGCACAUUUUGAGUGGUGGAAGUUCAGGUUCAAGGUCCCAUCACAAUCAAAGGUCAAAAAAAAAUUCAAAGAGGCAUUCUCAUGAAGCUGCACAUUUUGAGUGGUGGAAGUUCAGGGUCAAGGUCAUCCUUCAAGGUCAAAGGUCAAACAAAAUAAAAAAAUUCAAAGCGGCGCAAUAGGGGGCAUUGUGUUUCUGACGAACACAUCUCUUGUUGAAUAUGAUUUUUUACAGUAAACUGUAAUACUUAUUUUAUUCCUUCUGCCAUUUAACAAUUUAAUCAAUAUAUUAAUAUUAUUAAAAUGUUCAAUUGUAAUUUUUCCUUUGUUCUGUGCACACAUGUGUAUUAUUCAGUAGUCGAUCUUUAAAGUUAUCAACACUUACUAAGUAGAUCUUUAAAGUUAUCAACACUUACUAAGUAGAUCUUGAAAGUUAUCAACACUUACUAAAUGCAUUGCGGGUAAAUAAUGAUUUAAUUUGUAACCAUGUGCUGUUUUAUUAUUUUUACCAGGAGGAAAAUACUGGUUAUUAGAUUGACAAAUGUUGGCGGGCGGGGGGGAACAAGCUUGUUCGGGCCAUUACUAUGUCGUUCAUUGUGAGAUUUUAAAAUCAUUUGGCACAUAUGUUCAAAAUCAUUGGAUGGUGUGUCACGCGUAAGAAUUAUGUCGAUAUCUCAAAGGUCAAGGUCACACUUUGAGUUCAAAGGUAAAAAAUGGCCAUAAAUGAAUCGGUGCGGGCCAUAACUAUGUUGUUCAUUGUGAGAAUUUAAAACCAUUUUUGCACAUUUUUUCACAAUCAUUGGACAGCAUGUCGCGGGAAAGAAUUACAUUGAUAUAUCCAAGGUCAUGGUUGCCACGACUAAAGAUAGAUUGUUCAUAGUUAUUUUGAAACAAGGGGGAUAACUGUGAACAAUCAGUAACAAUGCACAUUUUGAGUUAUCUCCCUUUAUCAGACUUUUUUUAAAUUGAAAUCAAGGUCGCCACAAGUAAAAAUAGAUUGAAUUUGAUACAAGGGGGGUAACAAUGCACAUUUAGAAUUGUCUCCCUUUAUCAGACUUUUUUUUUCAAAUUGAAAACCUGGUUUUUGUGACAAUUUUGUCCCUUGUUAAUUAAAUACUUCUAAUAGCAAAACUACAUGCAUUAUCAUCUGGUUCUUUUAUGUAAAAAAAGGUCACUGAUGUAAUUCUAGUAAUGUUAAGUCUUUAAUAUGGGUUGUAUAUACAUUGACAGAUAGAUCAUAGAAACAUUCAUCAUUUUGCUAUGAAAGAUUCUCAUAUGCGACACUUGACACAAUGAUGCCAGUAAAAAAGGCAGCUUUAAAUGGGAAUGUGUAAAUAACCUUGGUUUGUACUGUGUGCACGUGUGUUUGUGUGUGUGCAUGCGUUUUACUAGAUGUUUUUACUUUUAUUAGAGCUCUUUACAAUGUCACAUAUUAAGUACCACAUGACAUUCUACUUCACCACUCAUAUUAACCUUUUUGUUGUGCGUUUUAUAAAAAAUUCACAUGGUGGGUGUGUAACUGUACACUGUACGUCGUUCAGUCACUGUGGUUGGUGCCCAAUGCAAUAUGUUUUCAUAAACCAGUGCCAUAGCUAGGCCUAAAGAUAAGGUUCAGCACUCUUUGACCCCAAGGUCCCACCCUGCCCCUUCGGACCCCCACCAUCCCCUUUUUAGUGAUCUGAUCAGAUUAUAAUUUUAAAAAAUACUAAAUUUUAACAGAGAAAAAAGUAAUUAUAAGGAAAUAACUGUACUUUCACUGAAAUUUUAUGUAAUUUCAAAUAUGUAUAUACUUGGUACAUUCUAUAUUGAAAGUAUGCCAUAGGGAUAUAAUGACUGAUUGGGAUAAGAUGCCCCUUUUUACCAAAAAUAGAGUACCCUGCCCUUUUCUUAUCCAAGCUGGAGCACUGUAAACUAUACGCAAAACACUUGAGAACAAUGUUUGCAAUCAUAUAAGCAUGGAAAUGAACUAUGUUUGUAAUACUGGACAUGUGUAUUCAGAUGUGUGUUUUUAUGGUGUGCAUGUUAACGUAUCUCUGUUAUUUAUUAUGAUAUAUGAUAUAUAUUUCCUAUUUUGUUUACCAGUGUUUAUUGGUUUAGGUAUAUUCUCUUUGUACUGGUUCUUAUACACAAGAUUUUCAUAUACCACAAGGUAUAAGCUUUUGAAUAUUUACACCAAGCUUUAAGCGUUGUUUUCAUUAUGAAUAGAGAAGCGCUUAUUUAAAUUGCAUGCUAAUGGGAAAAUUAUUUGAAGAAAAAUUCGCUCGUUCAAUAGUCAUCCCCUUGCAAUAUAAUAUUAUUAUAUAUAACUACUGUACAUUAUAGUUAGUGUUGUUAUACCAGGUAUUAAAUACUAAUUACGCAACUUAUUGGUCUUAUUUGUAACCGACCAUCGAUGUCAAACUUUGUAUUGUGCCCUGUAAGAUUUUUGUAAAAUAAAAUUUUAUAAAAAGC